CUGCCACUCUGGGUACGUGGGUGCUCGGUGCGAGCAUGCAGACCUCCUGGCCGUGGUGGCUGCCAGCCAGAAGAAGCAGGCCAUCACUGCCUUGGUGGUGGUCUCCAUUGUGGCCCUCGCUGUCCUGAUUAUCACCUGUGUGCUGAUCCACUGCUGCCACGUCCGCAAACACUGUGAGUGGUGCCGUGCCCUCGUCUGCAGACACGAGAAGCCCAGCGCCCUCCUGAAGGGAAGGACCGCUUGCUGCCACUCUGAGACAGUGGUCUGAAGAUCCCAGAGGAGGAAUUUGGCCAGGUGGCCUAUGGCGGCCCACCGACGGAGAAGCUUCUUGGGACACCACCACCGGCAGUGCCCAGGCGCCUGGGACGUGCUGGCAGACCUUCCCCUCAGCGCACAAUCGCCUGUGCAGCCCUUCUGUCCUCCGCGGGCCUUCAAAACUGUGUGAUAACUCUGCCUGCUGGGUUUCCUCAGCGCACCCUAGAGAAAAGGCCAGUAGACCAUGCUUUCAGACAAGUCGAACAAGAACCUCCAAGAGCUGGCCUUCUUGCUAACCCACACCAGGCAUGUGCUUGGGUUGGUGUCUCCUGCUGGCUAUGGAUUCCAGGCUGUUUCUUCUCAAUGGGCCACCUGGUCCCAGCAGAGACUCCAUGGUUGGUGUACACAAUGGACAAGGGGAAAACGUCUCUUGUUGUAUGAAGACAGUGUGGCCUCCUCUGAGCCUUGGCAUCUUCUCAAGCUGUUGCGGGGAUGUGUGUCUUAUUUAUUAGAUGGAUAACGGUUUUAUUUGUAAUCUCGUAAGUCAAUGUCAGGCAUCCACGUUAAUGAUACCUAAGUGGCUGGCUGUGAAGUUACACCAGCUACAGACGUCCAGCCGCUUUGAUAAAGCAGGACGGCAGAGAGCGGCCUCCUGGGGGCUGUAGAGACAGCAUUCUAAAGUGCAUUCUGGUGGGAGCAUAUCUGCUAUUUGGAGGUUAUGCCCUCUAAGAUACAAAGCAGGAACGUCCCUCAGAUACACACUGUAGCAAAGUUAGCAAGGCCAGUGACAGAGUCACCCCGAUGGGGACAAGAACACAAGAGAGCCUAUGUGGACACCUAGGGAUGGACUCACAUACCAACACUUGAUUAAGUGGAUUAACUUCCUCAUGAGCUCCAGCAUUAGCAGUGAGCUGUGGGCCAAAUCCACGAAGGGGGCCAGCCCUUUGUUUUUCAUGCUGUUGCCUUGGUUUUUGCUUCAUUUUUAGGAGAAAUUUAGCUUCCCUAUUUAUUUUCAAGCAUUAGGAUAAAUAUCCCACGGUUGUUUUUUGUUUUAUUUUGUUCCCUUUCAGAAUGUUGGCAUUAUUAACAAAAUUGCUACCAAGCCUCUCCACUGCCCUCUGGAGAAGGAGACGUGUUCCCUGAGCACCCGAGGGUGCUCUGACCCAUGGGGCCCACCCUCACCCCUGGGCUGCUCGGUACUGUCUGGAGACAGAAGGACAGUAACUACAUAAAGCUGCUUAUUGAGGAGGCCAUUCUCUAAUUCCAAAGUGUAAAGCCUGCCCCUGUCAGCCCUCCAGAGUCUCUAACAACGCCCUGGAAGAAGGGCAUUGGACAUACCAAGUCAGUUUAUUUUCUAUCAGCAAGUUUUGCCUGUUCCUCGUUCUUCUUCUCCAUUCCACCUUUUUCUAUGGAUUUUUUUUUUCUCUUCUCAUAUGAUCUAGGCACUG